UUACUAAUCAUUCAUUUUUUAAAAGAAAUGAAUGAUUGGAUGAAGUGUUUAAAUGGGUACGGUAAGUGUUGAAGGACACAAGACCUGACAGUACUGACAGCUCAAUCAUUCACACAAGUAGGACAACUUAAAACAACUUCACUUUGUGUUUAACUAUUACAUAUAAAGCACCAUACAAAGUGGAAAUAACAACUUGUUGGUAUUUGUAUGGUUUCUCUAACAUUAAAAGGUCUUUGUUUUAGAAGAAAAAUGAACUAAUCAACACUGCAGAUCUGCGUACAGGGCAAGGUAAGGUCAGCAAACCUCUCUAGUACAACAGGAAACACUCGGAACAGCAGACCAGUGAUGUACUAAUGUGUAUCUAUCUGCAUUUGUAUUUAUUUAUUGAUGUAUUUGUUCAGUCUAAGAGGCUGGAGCCAUUCAAUCAGCUGUGCUUGGGUAGUCGUUCUGUUAGAUUAAAUGAAUCCGGUCCCUUGCUAUCUUUCCUGAGCCGAGCGCAAUGUAUUCUGUUGUCAGAGCUGCUGGAAGCAGUGGACCUGCACUGCCACUCCAAUAACCGAGCCCACCACACUGACGAGGUGGACACCGAGAGGCUGGUGCUGCGCAGGGGCCAGCCCUUCACCCUCACUGUGCAGUGCAGGACCCGGCCGCUGCAGCACCUCACUGAGCAGUUGGCCCUCGUCCUCCACACCGGGAAGGAUAAUGGGACAGGAAUCAAAGUGAGCGGCUCGGAAGCCAGGUCUGAUAAGUGGAGGCUGAGUGUGCAGCCAGCGCAGAGCGAGCUCCUGGUGACGGUGUGCAGUCCUGCCAGCGCACCUAUAGGCCUGUACAGGAUGGAUGUAGUGCUGUACUCCCAGGAGGGGCAGCUUCUACAGCAGAUCCCCACAGGACAAUUCUGCCUUCUCUUCAACCCCUGGUGCAAAGAUGAUCCAGUGUUCCUGCCGGACGAGGAGAUGCUGCAGGAGUACAUCCUGAACGAAACGGGACUGCUCUACCAAGGAUCCUGGGAGGACAUCCACGCAGUGCCCUGGAAUUUCGGACAAUUCGAGAAGGACAUUGUGGACGUGUGCUUUGAAAUCCUGGACAACAGUCUGUCAGCGCUGAAGAAUCCUGUUGCUGAUUUUCUGCAGAGGAGAGAUCCUGUUUAUGUCAGCAGAGUGGUGACGGCAAUGAUCAAUGCGAAUGAUGACAAGGGCGUGCUGCUGGGCCGCUGGAGUGGGGAUUAUUCUGACGGCACCUCCCCGACCCGCUGGACUGGCAGCGUGCCUGUCCUGCGCCAGUGGAGCCGGAGCGGGGGGGAGAGGGUUCGAUACGGGCAGUGCUGGGUCUUCACUGGGGUCGCUUGCACAGUAUUGAGGUGCCUGGGCAUCCCCACUCGAUGCAUUACUAACUACUCCUCUGCUCACGACACUGACGGCAACCUCCAAGUGGACCGGUACUACAGUGAGACUCUGGAGUCUCUGCCGGGCAAGAGGGACGACAUGAUCUGGAAUUAUCACUGCUGGGUGGAAUCGUGGAUGGCUCGUAAAGACCUCCCUGCUGGCUUCGAUGGCUGGCAGGUGCUGGACCCCACCCCCCAGGAGAGGAGCGAUGGUAUAUACUGUUGUGGCCCAUGUCCUGUGAAAGCUAUUAAAGAAGGCAACAUUGACCUCAAGUACGACGCCCCGUUCAUCUUCGCUGAGGUGAAUGCAGACCUAGUGUGCUGGAUUGUGGACAAGGAGGGCAGCUGCUCCCAGGCUGCUCUGCAGUGCCACCAUGUGGGCAGGUGUAUCAGUACAAAGAGCGUGCACGGAGACAAGAGGGAGGAUGUCACGCAGCACUACAAAUAUCCUGAAGGCUCUGCCAUGGAGAGAGAAGUGUACGCCAAAGCCGGGCUGAAAAACUCUGUCUUGAAUUCCACGGAGAAGAGUCUGCAGAUCGGUAUCAAACACGUGCAGGCGGUCAACGGCAGCGACUUCGAUAUCUACGUGGAAGUGUCCAAUAAGAGCUUCGAGGACAAAGACAUCGGGCUGACGAUUGUAGCGAAGACUGUCACUUACAACGGCAUCCAGCUGCAGGAGUGCCACAGGAAGACCUCCACGUUCUCCGUGAAGGCGUCUAACGCUAAGAAGGAAGUGCUGAGACUGAAGUAUGAACAUUAUGGGAAGCAUCUGUCUGAGCACCACCUGAUCAGGAUCACAGCCCUGCUGGAACAGAAAGGGAGAGGCGAGGUGAUCCUGCAUGAGUGCAACAUCUCUCUCAGCACCCCGCAGCUGGCUAUCAAGAUCAUUGGCGAGCCUGUGGUUUCUCGGAAACUCACGGCACAAAUCACGUUUGUGAACCCCUUGCCCAUUACACUGAGUGAAGGGGUUUUCACCAUUGAAGGCGCUGGAUUGACAAACAUGCAGGAGAUUCAAUCCCCAAAAGAGAUCAAACCGGGUCAGGAAGUGACCGUGAGCGUUUCAUUCAAGCCAACCAAACCGGGGCUGCGCAAACUACUGGUGGACUUCGACACCAACAAGCUGAGAGACGUCAAAGGUUGUGCCAGCGUUAUUGUACGUGACAAGAAUAUGUAGAGCAGCAGCACCAGUGUUGCAAAAACAGGGCACUUUUAAAAAAGUAUCAAAUAAUAUACAGUAUAUAUCAAGAGAAGCAUAAAGCCCACUGAUUUAUAUGGGGGUUGUUUUACUCUUGAGACUGAAGUCUUUCUGUUGCUCAGGGCAGGGGCAGCACAAGCAAAUGUUCUUCACUGUGUGGUGGGUUUGUGAUCUGGCCUGUAGCAGACUGGGACCCAGAUCAUACACCUGGAAACCAAGCUGUAUGCAAAGGUGAAAGCCUGGAGAGUGCUGUCCUUGUCGCUUCACAUCAUUUCAUCAUCUUACUGACUGAACUGCACCAUCCAUUCACUGAUGCUAAUCCUAGGUUACCCCAGCUUGCAAACUACAGCAGUUAGAAAUCUGUAACGUAUGUAAACCAGCGCCUAAGCUUGCUUGUGCUGUUCCCAUAACAACCACGUGUUUACUGCAUUUAAACACAAGAGUUUCUAAAGCAGCCCUAAUUACAGUCACAGCCGCUUUUCUACUCACUACAUGAUCGGAUCCAGUACAGUCAGUCCCCCAGUACUGUAUGUUCAUGUAUUGUGCAUGUAAUGUGUAUAGUAUGUCAUGAAUAUGAAUUAUUAUAUUAAAAUGUGAAUGUUGACCUC